AUACACUUUAAUUAUAUUACUAGUGAAGAAAGCUGAAACAUUUACUUCACAUACAAUAAAAAAUUCAAUACAUGAAUAACAAAGUCAUAUACAGAAAACAUACCCCUUUUCCUCCCUUUACCAAUUUUUCAUCUUAUUUUUUUCCCAUUGAUUUAUUCCAAAUGGUGUUUUGUAUCUCUCAAUUGGAUUGACUUCCAUUCAUUCUCAGCUUAAUACCCACAUCUUUUUUCCUCCUUCACUCCUCCUCUGAAUUUGGCACUUUUUAGUGGGUUUCUCUCAGACUAAAAGGAAAAAAGAAAAAAAUUGGUUUCAUUGUGUUGCAAUUUCUGCAGAGUUUGUUGAGUUUACAGCAUAAAAAAGCUUCAAACCCCGAAGCAUAUAUAUGCUUUAAAAAGGGCUACAAGAAAUCAUCGAAACUGAGAAUUAUAUAAAUAUUUAUUGUGGAUUAUUUUCUUGAAAACUUUUGAUUUUUCAGAAAGCUUUAGCUUUUCUAUUUUCGCCGGUUUCUGGGUUGAGUGAAAUUUUCAUUUCCUGUCCCCUUUUUUUUUAAUUGGGGGAGAUUCAAGAAAUCUACAGACAUGGGAAAGCAUGGACCUUGCUAUCACUGUGGUGUUACAAGCACCCCUCUUUGGCGAAAUGGGCCUCCAGAGAAGCCAGUACUCUGCAAUGCAUGUGGUUCGCGGUGGAGGACAAAGGGAACUCUGGCAAACUAUACACCUCUACACGCUAGGGCGGAACCUGAUGAGUUGGAGGAUUUGAGGUUUUCUAGGGUGAAAACUAUAUCUAUUAAGAACAAAGAGCCAAAGGUUCUGAAGCGGAAGCUCAAUAGUGAGGUAGCUGAAUUUGGAGACGGUCCUCCCGAAAAUUACCAGGGUUUACAUAAAGUCUACGAUGAAGAUACAAGCAAUAGAUCAAGCUCUGGUUCUGCCAUAUCCAACUCGGAGAAAUACGCUCAAUAUGGCAUUGCUGAUACAAGUGAUUUGACAAGUCCCGCCCAACCCAGUGCAUGGGAUUCAAUAGUGCCUUCGAGGAAGAGAACCUGUGUUGCAAGGCCAAAACCUUCUCCAGUUGAGGUUCUUACCAAAGAUCUGUAUACCUUAUGGUACGAACAACAGUCAUCAUGCUUGUCUGGAUCUUCAGAAGAAGACUUGCUUCUUGAGAGCGACAAACCCAUGGUAUCUGUUGAGAUUGGACAUGGAAGUGUACUUAUUCGGCACCCAAGUUCAGUUUUUAGAGAAGAAGAAUCAGAAGCAAGCUCCCUUUCAGUUGAUAACAAGCAGUAUACCUUGACAUCACGGGAUAUGAGUUUUCAUGGUCCUAUUGAAGACACAGGUGCCUACUCAUCAAGUAAAGUUAAUGAGAAACUUAAGAAGAAUACUUAUCCUGGGGUUGUACAGGAACAAACGAGAAGAGACAAGGAUCAAGUUGUAAAAUUACCGAUUCUUGCACAUCAUAAUUCUCCACUAUGUUACAUAGAUCUACGAGACAUCGUUAAUUUCGAAUUGUUUUCAAGUCAUCUGACAAAUGAUGAACAACAACAGUUGAUGAACCUAUUACCUUCUGUUGAUACUUCGGAUGCUCCAUACAGCCUCAAAAGCAUGUUUGAUAGCACUGAGUUCAACCUGAAUCUGUCAUCCUUCCAAAAACUCAUUGCUGAUGGAGUUUUUGAUAACUCAUUUGGUGGGGUCAAUACGGAAGAUUGCAGAAUUUUGAAGAAACUUGUCUUAUGUGAUCUAGCUAAAUCAAAGUGGGUGGAACAACACGCAGCUUUUAAGGAUUUGAAGUGCAAAAAUACUAUCAAGUCAGAAGUGGUGGGAGGAUACAAUGGCUUUGAAAUUGUCAACGUAGCACACUUAAAAAGAUCACGAGAGGGACAGCACCCAAAAAAUACAGGAUCGAAAGUUAUGAUGAAGAGUCCCAGAAGGAUUCUGAUGAAGUCGAGCUAUGGUAAGAAAGAAGUCCUAGAUAGAGAUGACUCUUUCAUGAGUGCUAAGAGUCUAUUUUCAAUCCAAAAUGACAAUGGUUCCUCGGUGCUGGACACGUCCCAUUUUGAAGGGGAGAACUCCGACCAGGACUUGCUGCUAGAUGUCCCAUCCAACGGCUCCUUUCCACAGGCGGAACUCCUCCCAAGUUCGAGUUUUGGUGCCAUGGCUAGCACUAGUAGCAGCUCGGUGUACCCGAAUCUUGUCCACCCUUGAUGGUACUUGCAUACAAAAAUUCUACUUAUUUCGUAUACAAGGAGGGCUUUUUCGUGACCUUCGUUUCAACCUUUGUGGUUGUGUUCAUUUGUUUGCAAAGAAGUAGGAGUUUCUGUUCAAUUUGAGGUUGGAUGGAUAGCUUGUUCCCCAUGAAACAUGCUGUUGGAAUCGAAACGGGGAUGGGUUUUACUUGCCUUUGGAUUUUGUACAGACUAACAAAAGAUUGUGUUAUGUAGCUCAAGAAAAGGGGAAGGAAGAAUGGAGAAUGUGUUAUUUUCUUCUUGGGUUAA